ACCAGUCAAGAUGUCAUUUGUUUCCUUGCUUCCCGCUAAAGUUACUGUUCUUUUCUUUGAUAGGUGAUUGCGGCCCCCCUGACAGGUUACCCUAUGCAGAGCUAGCGGAUGCGUUUAAAGAUAAGACCACCUUUUCUGUUGGGAGCUCUGUGCAAUACGUUUGUCGCCCAGGAUACAGGAGAGACCCUUCCUUUGAGGCCGCUCAAACUUGUCGUGCAGGUUCAUCAUGGUCAAAACCUGAAAAAUUUUGUAUAGCGAAGCUCUGUGGUCAUCCAGGAGACUUGCCAGAUGGUUCCGUUCAUAUUGAGACUGAUCUUAGUUUUGGUUCAACAGUGACAUUUUCUUGUAAUGAAGGGUACAGAUUAAUUGGAAGAUCAUCAGUUCAGUGUGUGAUUGAUGGCACUGGUGUUCGUUGGAGUAACGAAAUUCCAGAGUGUACACCAAUUCCAUGUUUACCACCUCCAGACAUAGAAAACGGGAUGCACUCUGGUGAACAGGAAGAUUAUACCUACGGGGCAUCGGUAACUUACAAGUGUAAUGUUGUGCCGAGAGGUUCGGUCCCUUUCUCACUUAUUGGGGAGGCAACUAUUCACUGUAGUUCUGAUGCAGAAAAAAAUGGAGUUUGGAGUGCACCUGCUCCUCGAUGCAAAGUGGUCAAGUGUCCAGAGCCAGCAGUUCCAAAUGGGAGAAGAGAAACUGCAUAUUCACCUAACUAUAUUUAUAGAAGCAGAGUUAUUAUGAAAUGCCUUCCUGGCUUCGUCAUGAUUGGAAGUGAUGUGAUUGAAUGCCAAGAGGAUAAUACCUGGCAUCCUGAAUUGCCAGUUUGUCAAAUUAUCCCAGCCUCAACUCCUGCUGCAACUGUCCCGCUCAUUGAUCAUGGAAAAAUAAUUGAUGGACCAACGCCACCAUAUUCUGUUGGAGAUAGCAUUACAAUUGAAUGUGAUCCAGACUACACACUACAUGGGGAAGCUAAGAUUCAGUAUGUUGGUGGAAAUCAGUGGAAGCCGGGAAUUCCAUCGUGUCACUUAAAGGAGGGGUUAAGUACAGGUGUAAUCAUCGCCCUCUGUGUUGUUAUUAUUUUUGGUGCCAUUGCGGCGUCAGUAGCAGGAUAUUGCGUCUGUAAGAAAUUACAUUCACGGAAAAGGGAAACUGCCUGCCCCCCAGCCACCGCGGAAUACAUUGCUUGUAAAGCAUGAUUGAUCAUUUUGGGGGGGGUGAAGUUAAAUGAGCCUUUCAGAGAUGGAAAAAGGACUGCGCUUGCCCUGAAUUUGUCUGAGAAUUGUUAGUCCCUGCUUUCACCAGAGUUGAAGAUGUCAUGGCAGAAUCUUUACUUUUCAUUAUUGUUACCUGUUUUGGUUGAUGAAUUUUAAGGAAGGCAAAAACCUAUGUCAUCCCUUUCAGCUCCAUCUGUUGUCUUUCUCUCGUAGUAAUUUUGUCUGUAGCUAUCUCUAGUCAGCAAGGAAGUUUGUGUUAGUGCUAGACAGCUGCUGCCUUUUCUGUCUUGCAGUCUUGCUCUCCUUACAGAAGAGAGUGUUGAAGGAAAGAUGACUUGGUAGGGCCUUAAUAUGGCUCCUGUGUCACUACAAAGAUUUUGACAUUUAGAUGUUGUUCUUUUAAAGCACUUGAAUUCUGUUAAUUAUUCUUUCUGAAGAAAGCAGCACUUAUUUGUCUAGAUGAAUUUUUUUGCACGCUUGCUUUCUUAAGUUUGCCAGUGGUUAUGUAUAUUUGCUUGAAAACUAAAUUAUUUAUUUUCCUUUUGAAUAUAUUGUGGAUUGACUUUGGAGUUGUUUUACCAUUCUCACUCCUUCUCUAUUGCGGAAGUUUUCUCGUAGGCUGCCAAGAACCAGAUUGAAUUCCCUGUCGGGAAUAUCCUUGUUCAUGUUUUAGUUUAUGGUAAACCGAUAAAAAGCACUGAAGUGGUAUGCUGGUACAUAGAUGCUAGUAACUGUACCAUAAACCAGGAUUAUUAGACUGGAGGGUUUAUGAAAUAAUCCAAUGUUCUAACUAACUUCCAAAAUUCUGUCGUGUGCACCUACUGCGUUUUUGUAUGCAGACUGCCAUGCCUCCGGGGUAGACUUACAGUGUUGUUAAUCGGUAUGUAUGUUAAUGGGGAAAUGCUGAACAGCUGUGCAGAGAAACACUCAUUUCAUGUUUAAAAAAAAAUUAAAUAAAAGAUCAGCCAAAGUUACUCAGCUGACAGAGGUCAAACAAUUAUUGGAUUGGGCUUUCUUGCAUUGGAAAUUAGUCCUUGAUGUGUAUAGUUCAAUGUGAGGUCCCACCGCCUCACCGACAAGUUGUCUGUAGACAUGGGCUUGAAAGUAUCUGGCUAGUAUCUGUGACGUGAAAUGUUUAAGUUGCAUUACCAAAGUUGUAUAUAAAUUAUGGCAGUCUACGUAGACAGUUCAGGCAGGUACUGACCUUUUUUUGGUAUAGAAGGUGGUCAUUUCGACUCAGGUGGUUGAAGCCUUGUUUAUCAAUGUAAAUGCUGGUUGUGCUUUUGAUACGGAUGUAUGUAGUGUCUUAGCACUCACUUCAUGAUUGUGCAGUAUGAUUUAAUGCUAUUUAAAAUAUGCUGUGCGCAAAAUUAUGCGUGGCUUUGGGCUAUUCUUAAAGUGAAUUUCCAAAGACCUAAUUUGUCUUAUUUCUGCUUCUCCAUACUGAGGCCCUGGCCCUGCAGAGACGUCCACAGUGAGUCUGUCCAGAUUCUUUGCAGGGUCGAGGCCUUGUCAAAAUAGUUUAAUUUCCAGGAGUUUUGCUUUGAUUGCGUCUCUGGAUACCUUAGUGAGGAGUAUAUUGUAAAUGCCUGUAUCAUCACUGGAUAGCUUGAUUCUUCCUUCAGUGCCUUUUACCAUAUUGUUUUUGAAAUGCAUAUGCAAAAGGUACAGGCUUAUUAAAUGUUCUGUCUGAUGUAAAUUCCAGUAAUGACUUCCAAUAAAGAGAAGUGCAUUUUAUUAGUGA